UCCAUUAGCACCUCUGCCCUUAGGUCUCCUAGCUGCAGAAGCCAGUGUUUGGGCCCGGAGAUAUUUGAUAUGUGCUUCAGGAUGCUGUGGCUGCUGUUCCUCACUCUCCCCUGUCUGGGGAGCACAACGCCUGUGACUCCUGACCUUGGCUCAGGACAGGAGUUGGCAGGCAUCGUCGGGGGCUGCCCUGUCUCAGACAGCCGGUUCCCGUGGCAGGUCAGCCUGAGGUUCUACAAUAUGAAGCAGGACAGAUGGGAGCACAUCUGUGGGGGCUCCCUCAUCCACCCACAGUGGGUGCUGACUGCUGCUCACUGUGUGCAGCCGAAAGAGCUGGAGGCCUGUGGCUUUAGAGUCCAAGUUGGACAGCUGAGGCUCUAUGAAAACAACCAACUGAUGAAAGUGGUCCGGAUCAUCCGACACCCCAAGUUCAAUGAGAGGCUGUCUGCCCAAGGGGGUGCAGACAUUGCUCUGCUGAAACUGGACACCCCAGUUGUGCUGUCUGAGCAUGUCUACCCCGUGUCCCUCCCUGCCGCCUCCCAGAGAGUCUCCUCGAGCAAGAUCUGCUGGGUGGCCGGCUGGGGUGUCAUCGAGAACGACAUGUCGCUGCCCCCACCCUACCACCUGAGGGAAGUGGCCGUCCCCAUUGUGGGAAACAGUGACUGUGAGCACAAGUACCAGGCUGAUCCUUUCUUGGCCAGCAAAUCCAGGAUCAUCAGAGAUGACAUGCUUUGUGCUGGCAUGGCGGGCCGGGACUCCUGCCAGGAGGACUCCGGAGGCCCCUUGGUGUGCAGGUGGAACUGUUCCUGGGUCCAGGUGGGUGUGGUCAGCUGGGGCAAAGGCUGUGGACUUCCUGACUUCCCUGGUGUAUACACCCGUGUGACGAGCUACCUGUCUUGGAUUCAUUGCUACGUUCCCACGUUCGCGGAACCCUCAGUGGGGCCAGAUGGAAUUCAUACAACAGAGGAGACCCCUGCCACUCCUGUUGACCUCCCCAUUUCUCCAGCUAGUCCAGUAUCACCUUCUUAA